GGCGAAGCCUUCGCCGUGGCCCGCGGUUGGGUCGCCGACUCCACAGUGGCCGUUCACCCUCGGGGCGCCGUCGCCACGGUGCCUUCGCGGGGACUGCCACCCGCGCAGCACCUGCGGGUGGCCCUGCAGUUGGCCGCCGCAGGAAGCCACCCGCUGAAUCAGCUCCCCGUGAUAGCGGAGGGCACGGCGUGCGCGUUGGCAGCGCAACUUCGUUUCGGCGCAGGCAUCAACGAGGUGCGGCUGAAACGGCUGGCCUUGUUAAAAGUGUGGAAGCGGGAACUUGAGGUCAGCCAGCAAAGCCUGGCCGCGUCGGUGGACCCUGCCCUCCGGGGGUUCGCUAGCAAGCCCACCCUUCUCUUCCUCCGCCUCCUGCGCCUCAUCGGGUCCCCGGCGGUGCAGUUUUUAGAGAACUUGCACCGGGGCCUGCCCGACACCGGGGUGCCGGCCGCUUCUGGCAUUUUUCCUCCGCUCCCGGCAGCGGCGCCGGAGUGGUCGGUCGAGCAGCUGCUGGCGCACUCCGCCGGGCGCAACGCAGAGCUGGUUGAUCGCGUGCGCAGGAGCCACCCGCGCGCGGCCGAGGUCUGGGAGCAGGGCGCCCAGGCGGAGGCCACUGGCUCGCUGGGGCCCGCCUGGCCUGUGGAGCACUUCCAAGGCGGCGCUGGCGGCGGGGCGAAUGUCGCUUUCUGCCGCAAGUUCGCCGUCUGCCAAAAACGGUGGUCGGAGGACGAGUCCGGCCAGGCGUCCUGUUCCACGGAAAUCAGGGCGUGCGCCGACGCAUCCGACUCGCCAGGCGGGUGCUGCUUUAAUUUAACUUGGGCGGCGGCCGAGCGCAUAGUGUGUUCGGACAGCAAGGUGAUUCUUGCACAGAUGGUCGCCUCGCAGAGAGCUUUCGGCGUGCCCCCAGUGGGGUGCAAAGAUGAUUUGCGCAAGGCUUACCACCAGGUCGGGCGCCGCCGCGACCCGGUGCUUAAGGUCCUCGAGUACGGCACUAAUGAGGCCAAGGCCACGCAUGGUCUCACGAUCCCUUUGUUGGGGCUGGUUUUUAGUUCUCGCGCAGAGGGCCCCCUCGUCGGCAACCGCAGUUGCAGGCAGGGGCCGCUAGCUUUGGAGUGUGAGGACCUGGCGCGCAGCCGCCCGCAGGCGGGCACAGCGUCCACUUGCAUAGGGAAAUUAGUUUUUGCGUCGCGGGGCCUUCAGGGCAAGGCCGGCGCGCACGCCAGGCGUCCACUGUUCGAGGCUUUAGGGAAAAUCGAAGCCAUCCAAAGGGCGGGCUCGUGGCCGCCUCAGGUGCAAGUUUCCCUACACCUCUGGGCGGAGCUGCUCAGGCGGGGGCCCCCGCGCGCAGUGCCCCUGGUGCCCGCUGGCGCCCCAGUCGCUGUGCUGUAUGGCGACGCCGCCAUGGGCACGAGCAGAGUCGCCGCUAUGUUGGCCAUCCCAGCGCGGGGUUUCUGCGAAGGCUUCAGCCUCGUUCUCCCGCCUGCUGUGCUGGAGACGCUCGGGCCGAGCGCUGAACACGCCGUCAAUGGCGCCGAGGCAUGGUGGAUUGCCAAGGUCCAGAGCCGGCCGGCCGGCAUGUGGGGGAAGGAGCAGGCAGGGGAGGCGGCGCGGGCCACGGCCCGGGUCGUGAAGCGCCAGGCGGGCGUUCUGGCCGCCCCAGCUGGCGCCCGCAGCGCCGCGCAGGCUUCCGAGUCCACUGCGGUCGCCCUCUGGCCCCGCCGGGCCCUCGGCGGCGCCGCUGUCUGGCCUUCUGGCCCCGCUGGCCUCGGUGGCGACGGCAGUCCGCAGCGCUGCCCGCGCGUCGCCUCGCCUCCACCUCGCGGGGUACAGGCGUUCUCUGCCGCCGCCACGGCCGGCGGCCCAGCGUCCGCAUGGGGCGUCUUCUGGCGCGUUGUGGAAGCACUCGGGCAGGCAUCUGAGAGGCACAACUGGGACAUGAUGGUGGCGCUGAGCAGAGACAGAGGCUGCGCCCCCCGGCAUCCUGACGGGGCCCCGCCCCGCCAGGUCCUGAGGGCCCUAGAAGAGGCCCGCGCGUCGGGGGUCGAUGUCGUGAGCCUUGCAGACAGAGUGGUGCAAGAUCGCUUCUUGUGCAAAACGGUGCCGUCCACUCUCCGGACGUACGCGUCUCCUUUGCGCAUGGUCGCGUGGGCGUGCGAGCUCUUUGGGGCCCCCCCGCUGGGGUGCGCCGUGCAGCACAUUCGCCGGGUUGCGGCCGUGUGCGCGUGCGCCUCCACGCAGCGCGGCUGGCUUAGCGCUUGGGUUCUGGCGCACCAGGUCGCCGGCGUGCCGUGGCAGGGGGAUCAAGAUAUCAUCCUCCGUGGUAUCCGGUUGGGCACUGCUAAGUGCAGGACGCCCCGGCUGCCCCGUCACAGGGUUGACCGGCGGCUCCUGCGGCGUUUGCUCCGCCACGCAAUGUCGCAACAGCGCACUUGGUGGUGUGUGAUCGCGGCGUUAGCGUACAAUUUUCUUCUGCGAAUGCCGUCAGAACUGUUUGCGCAAUGCGAACGCGCCCUCGUGCAGCCACAGGGCGGUCGUUUCGUGUAUGGGCCAAUCCGUCGCAAGCAAAGGGUUGAUCUGUGCACGGUUUUCUCCUUCUGCACGUGCGGAGUAGACGAGGGUAUCUGCCUGCACACGUGGUUGCCGGUGUGGGACGAGCUCCUCCGCAGCGGGGGCCGCCCGCUCGGCGGGUACACCCCGGCAUCCUGGACGUCGGAGUUUCGGUGCCACUUGCGCGCUGUAGGGGUCGCUUGCCCCGAGGAAUGGUUUGGGCACGAUGUCCGGCGAGGGGCCGCUGCCGACGUUUUUGCCGCGUCGGGCGUGGAGGCCAUGCUGGCGCGAGGCGGCUGGCGUUCGGUGGCGCCCGCCAGGCCCUACGUGUCUGGCGACGAGGUCGCCGCCGGACUGCUGGCGCAGGGCGUCGUCGACGAUUCCG